CCGGACUAAACUGCGGUAGUAAAGUAAACAGUGAAAGGUUGCAGCUUUUCCCCCUUGCUUCGCUUUCAUCAGAGAACAUGGGACAAGAUUACUACGCGGUUUUAGGGCUUACACAGAGUGCAACUGAUGCCGAUAUUAAAAAAGCGUAUCGCAAAUUGAGUCUGAAGUACCACCCUGAUAAAAAUAAAGAACCAGGAGCAACAGAAAAGUUUAAGCAGAUUGCAGAAGCCUAUGAUGUUCUAAGUGAUCUCAGGAAAAAAGCUACCUAUGAUAAAUUUGGAGAAGAAGGUCUGAAAGGAGGAGUCCCCCCUGAGUUUGGUGGUUCUGGUGCCUGGACAUCAGGGUAUACCUUCCAUGGAAAUGCAGAGAAAAUCUUCAGGGACUUCUUUGGAGGAGACAAUCCCUUUGCUGAUUUCUUUAUGAGCGAUGGUGAUGAAGUAAACACAGGAUUUGGUGGCCUGCGAGGAAGAGGCGUUAAAAAGCAGGACACACCAAUUGAGCGUGACCUUUACUUGUCAUUGGAAGACCUGUUCUAUGGGUGCAUGAAAAAAAUCAAAAUCUCACGCAGGGUAAUGAAUGAAGAUGGCCAUACUUCAAGUAUCCGGGAUAAAAUUUUAACUAUUGUUGUGAAGCCAGGCUGGAAACAAGGCACAAAAAUCACUUUUCCAAAAGAAGGAGACCAGGGUCCAAACAACAUUGCAGCGGAUAUUAUCUUCACGAUAAAGGAGAAGGUGCAUCCAAGAUUUGCAAGAGAAGGGAAUGACCUAAUAUACACAGCUAAAAUUCGACUUGGAAAGGCUUUGAUAGGCUGCACUGUGGAGGUUGAGACACUAGAUGGCAGGCUGCUCAACAUUCCUAUCAAUGACAUCAUUGGUCCAAAAUACAGGAAGGUAGUUCCAGGGGAAGGAAUGCCUCUGUCCAAGGAUGCAAACCAGAGAGGAGAUCUUGUUCUUCAGUUUGAUAUAAUUUUUCCAGAAAAGCUCACACCAGAAAAGAAACAACUAAUUCGGCAAGCACUCUUGUUAUAAGGAUGACAAACUGGAAAUGCAUCUCAACUGACUGAUGAAAGUGGUUAAUGAAAUUGCAGCCUCUACCCUAAGCUCCAUGACAGUGUACAGUGCAUAUAUCCACUGUCUGUCAGCAAAUUAAAAUAUUUUAGUAAAAUUCUC